AUGCCUGUGCUAGCAAGACCCAAACCAGCAGUUCUAACCGCCACGAAAAACGCUUUCAUCUCGGCCGUCCAAUUCGCCACAUCCUCGGAUGGCCCGUGCCCCACUCUCGGGUACGGGCCGCGGGUCUCGGCCCAGGAGCAGGUGGAAUACAUGCUGGCGAACGACGAGUGCACGCUCUCCUCCGGCCGUGACAUUUUAUCCGAGGCCAGAACAUGCCUUUCCCGGACCCUCUCGUCGCUCGAGCGCCAGCUGUCGGAAUCUUCCGAGGAAGGAAUCACUCGGUGCCUCUCGGAUAUCGAGUGGAUGUGCGGCGUCUCGCUAAGGAUGGGCCUCAUGGCCGAGUUCGUCUCCAGGUGGAUCGACUCGUCGGAGAGAAUUCUAAAGGCCGUCGAGGCCCGUGGGAUUGGGCCGGGCUUUCGCGCUGGGAUUUUGCGCGUGGUGUAUAGAGUGAUGGAUGCGGUGGGGUACGGGAGUGUUAUCGUGGGGGCCGCGGGUCGGGUGAGGUUGUUGAUGCUGUGGGUGCCGUUUGUGAGGAGCUCAAGGGAUGAGGUGCUUGGGUGGUCGGAGGGUGAUGGGGGUGAUGGGGAUAUGUGGGAAGGGAUAGAAGGGGCGAUUGUAUCGAUAGUGUCGGGAUUGCCGUUGGAUGAUCAGGCGGAGAUUCUGGCGGAAUGGAUGGAGGGUGGUGAUCGGGCGAGGUACCCGGAUUUGAGUGAGGCUUUCGAGGUUCUCGACAACAGUUCUCUCGGAAACAGGUCUCUUGGAAAGAGGUCUUUCAACAAUCGGCACGCACGGGUCUCUCGGCAACAGGUCUUUCGACAGGUCACUCCGAAACAGAUGUCAGACAAUAUAUUUACCACGGAAGCAUCUUCCAACUCUACACAUUUCAGCCCUAAUACCCGCAUAAUAUGCCGCGUAUGCGAGAAGCAAUUUUCACAAUAUACAUGCCCUCGAUGCAAUAUUCGAUACUGUUCUUUGCAUUGUUACAAGUCUCAUAGUCUUCGCUGUACAGAGUCUUUUAUGAGAGAGAAUGUGAUGGAAGAAGUGCAACAAGUGCAACCUGAUGAAAAUAGUAAAUCUAAAAUGCUGGAGAUACUUAAACGGUUCCAUGAGGAAGAGGAGGCAGAUAGCUUAGAUGAAGAGGAUUCCGGAUCAUCUUUCUCAGAGGAAACUGUUCAGAAGAUUCUCUCAGGCGACCUGAUAAACUUUGACGAUUUAUCCAUUGAAGAAAAGAAACAUUUCAAAAGAGCCGUUGCCUCAGGGGAGCUCGGCAAACUGAUCCAACCGUGGGACCCAUGGUGGUUAAAGCCUUCCGCCAAACACAUUGCACUCAGCCCCGACGGGUCCCACUUAGUCCACCCCAUUCCGAACUCAGACAAUCCAGACAGCGAAAUAUGGCCCAACAUCAUCCCACAUGGGCCCGAAAGCCCGUUACCGCCCGUUUCUCAACUCACAUCCUCAAGCCCAUCCCCACUGUUACCAGUCCACCUCGUGGACAUCAUAUACAGUUACUGCUUCACUCUCCGCCUUUACAACGGUGACUGGGGAGCGGAUCCUCUGGAUGCUUCCACAGUAGUCCAUACCGUGUCCUCUGUCUUGGGCCGGGAUGGAAAACCUCAAACGGUGUUGGAAGCCUUGCUGGACUGUCUGGAGCAAACGUGCUCGACGGUUUAUAAACAAAUGGGAGGUUUGCAGUUGGAGAUGAGAAUUGUGGAUGAUGUGAUUUGCUUGUUCUGUUUGGGAGGAAAUGCUUUGGUUUGUGCAUUGUGUGAUAUGUGGAGAUUGGUUCAAACGGGCGAACGGGAGCUGAAGUCGGAGAAACUGAACAAGUCAAAACGGGCUGAGUUGAGGGGAAAGCUCAAGUCAGCCGAGAGGAAAAUUUACUUUGUCAUGUGUUGGGAGAAGGAGUUUGCUGUGGAGCAAUCGGGAGGCAAAGGUAGCGGCGUGAAGUUGGAGGGAAAACCGGGAAUAAGUGGUAAGCCGUUGAUUAAGGAGGUUGAGUGA